CGCCAUGGAGACCAAGGCAGCCAAUCAGCGCGGCGGCUUGCGCUCGCUCUGACGGCGCGCGGGAUCCCAGGACGCGCAGCGGGUUUCCACGGGCUCCGGGCCGGAGGACAGAGAUGCUGAAGGCCAAGAUCCUCUUCGUGGGGCCCUGCGAGAGUGGAAAAACAGUUUUGGCCAACUUUCUGACUGAAUCUUCAGACAUCACCGAAUACAACCCCACACAAGGGGUGAGGAUCCUGGAAUUUGAGAACCCACAUGUCACCAGCAACAACAAAGGCACAGGGUGUGAGUUCGAGCUCUGGGACUGUGGUGGAGACUCAAAGUUCGAAUCCUGCUGGCCGGCCCUGAUGAAGGAUGCUCACGGAGUGGUGAUCGUCUUCAACGCUGACAUCCCGAGCCACCUGAAAGAAAUUGAGAUGUGGUAUUCCUGCUUCGUCCAGCAGCAGCUCCUGCAGGACAGCCAGUGCUUGCUGGUCGCUCACCACAAGCCAGGCUCUGGAGGUGACAGGGGCAGCCCCGCUCUGUCUCCACCCCUGAACAAGCUGAAGCUGGUGCACUCGAACCUUGAGGAGGACCCGGAAGAGAUCCGCAUGGAAUUCAUAAAGUAUUUGAAAAGCAUCAUCAAUUCUAUGUCUGAGAGCAGAGACCGGGAGGAGAUGCUAAUUAUCACCUAGCUUCCCCAGCCUUCCUCCCCUAAUGAAGUCAGUUUUGCUCCCCACACAGAACCUAAGACACAUCCAGCUACAGAAGUUUUCCUCUCCUUGUGGCUAUAAAGAAACUUUCCUCAUCAGCUAGAAGGUACUCAUGACAGCUGGGCACUGGGACGUGCACCUGUAAUCCCAGCGGGAGGCUGAGGCAGGAGGAGUGAGAGCUCUGGGCCAGCCUGGGCUCCAAAGCAAGACUUUGUUUCACAGGAGAAGAAGGUACCAUUCAGCCAAGUAUAUACUUCUGACCAUCUGUCCUUGGUACUUAAGUUGGUUGCGAAAAUGCUAUCAACAAAUUUUGAUUCCUUGGCCCCCAACUUUUUUGAAAGAGCUGGAAAAAUCAAGGGAUUUUUGUGCCCUCCCCCCAUAGGUGAAGUUAUAAAGACAGUGGGAUUGUAACUGCCGUAGCCCAAGGACGCAGCAGCAGUUGAAUCCGUGUGUGCUGGUUUGAAUGCGGUUUCCAGGUCUUGAGUUCGUCAGUAAAGUCUGACUGGACGAGCAUCCAGCAUGUGGGAGGCUUGCCUCUUGCUGCUCACAACAGACAAAAAUCCUUCGCUCAUGAAGCUUUCAUUCUAUUUUUCUCAAGCAGGUGGAGUUUAAAACUGAAGUUAUAUGUUUUAGAUAGGCAAAAUAAAAAUGCACAUUUUCUUUGUAUCUGUAUAA